AUGCCAACCACGCGAAGCCAAAGCCUAUCUGCUGCGGCGACCGGGUCGGCAUCGGGAUCGGCGUCUCCGCCAUCCCUACCUGGGGCUGCUGCCCCUUAUCAAGAGAAUGUUUUGUCGGAGGUCGGAGCUAAUGCUCCUCAUCGUGAGCUUGAUCCUUCUCGUAGCGGCGCUACGACGCCGACUGCCUUCCUCGAUGCAUCACUCUCUAGGCUCGCAACCAGCCACCAGCACCACCGACGACUCCCACUCGCCCUGCAGGACCUGGACUCUGCUACAACUGUGGGAACCGGAAUCACCUGGCGUAUCAGUGCCGUGCACCUAUCAACCUCCGGAAGAAAGACAGAAACUGGUUCCUUCUCCACAACGACAUCAGAGGACGAUAAGACGAAGGCUCUCCAACUGGCUGAUUCGUGUAUUAUUCGUAAGAAUGGCUGCCUUUAUAAAGUGUGUCAACGAGGAGGUCACAAGUACGAAGCUCUUUUUCUUCCUUCUAAGCUUCGCGAGCCUGUUUGUAUAGCUUUUCACGAUAGUCCAGCCGCAGGCGGACACUUUAAUUGGAAAAAGACCUUAGGCAAAAUUGCUCGCAAGUUCUUUUGGCCUUCUAUCAAGGAAGAUGUUUACCAGUUUGUUCGGUCUUGUGAUGACUGUCAAAGGAAGCGGAGCCACCCGGCCAACCGCGAACAGUUGUUGCCUAUUCAUGCCAAUGCCGUUUUCCACAAAGUGUACCUCGAUCUCAGUGGUCCCUACCACACUUCUUCUUCUUCUAACAAGUAUAUUAUGUGCCUCAUCGAUCAUUUUUCUAAAUAUGUCAUUGCUUCUCCUCUUCCUGAUUGCACUGCUCCUACCGUAGCUCGGUCCCUCAUGAACGAUUGCAUACUCAAAUUUGGUGCGAUGACCGAGCUGAUAAUUGGAUUGAUUAGUAUUAUGGACUCCUUUGUUGCUAUUGAUCAGCCUUCCGCGUUAGUGCCUCCUGACCCUGCCCAGGGAAAUGACCACGAUAUGGUUUUGAACCAGUCAGAAUCCCCUCCGGCAGCCGAGGAGGCAGCACUGUCCUCUCUCAUGUCGGACAUGACCGCUUCUGUCGACGAUGAGGAGCCUAUGGACUCUGACGUAGUUCUCCCAGCCGAAACUAUGGCUGAUCUUUUGAUCUCCGCAGACCCCGUUCAACCUUCGGUCUUGCCGAUGUCAACUGAUGUAGCGUCUCAUUCACAGUUCGUUGAGCCGAAGUCUGAGCUCUCGCUCGACUCGACUCUUCAGCUGUCUGAUGCUUCCGGAGCUGUUGCUCCUUCACGUGAAUCUAUCGGAGCUGUUGCUCCUCAACAUGAGCUUCCUGGAGCUAGCGCUCCCCCUCCUGACGAUGAUCAGCCGUCGACUUCCAAGUUCAAGUCAGGAGGCUUUGAGAGCUUUUCUUACGCUAGCGUUGUAGCUCGCCAGCGUGCGGCAGCCGCCGCGGAGUCAGCGGCAGCGGGACCAUCUCGCCCGUUGCCAGCCGCUCCUGAGCGCCGUGUCCGCAGAAGGCCGACCGGUUUCCUGACCAUCGCUCCUCGUGGCCAAUUGCCCGACUUCACUCCGGAGGACCAUUCUCACCAUCUUAUCGGAAGUCACCCAUGGGCACAAUUCGUUUCUCUUCGAACCGAGCCGUUCCCUCGAAUCCGGACUUCGUUACGGCCGCUAUGCCGCUCGAGCUGUAUGGUCACAUCCCUCCAAGCGGCUUGGGCGCAUCGUUCUGCUGUUAAGACCGUCUCGCAUUUUGCCACUACUCGCGACGACAUCACCAGAGUAGACGUUUGCGUCAAGCUCGGCGAUCUUCCUGCGGGAACGGACCCCCUCUACGAGCUCAUCUCGAAGCGUCAGCUCUUUGGUCGUUUCGACAACGAUUCACGAGCCGCGGUUAUCCUGGACGCCGUUUACGGCUCCCGCCGCGUGCGCGUCGGGCCUGUUGGCCCUCAUCUCGAGAAUGUUUCUGCCUCAGCGGUUUCCCUUACAAGUAGCCGUCUGGCACGAGAGAGUAUGUCGGGAUGA